AUUGGUUACAUAUGCGGAAACGAUACUUUCCAGCUAGCUGUCUCUGUGUCAGCGAAAAUAUGACAAUUUCUUAUUGAUAAGUCAUGAAAAGUCGAUGUUUUUCCGAGGAAGUAGCACCGCUAAAUAGAUAUCAGUCGAAAGAAAAACAAGAAAGUACAGUUUUAAAUUAGUGCUUGUGAGUUGUUAACAGUGAAGACGCUGGUCAUCUUUGUUUAUCGUCAUUUAACUCUACGUUUCGUAGCUGGCCGGAGUUCAGUAUGGAUGUUGAUGCGGACGGCUCGGUGGCGGUGUCAGAAGAAUCUGUGAGGAGGCAUAAGGUACACGGCAUGCUGAAGCUUUACUAUGGGCUAAAUGAGGAAGGGAAGGCACCGGAGAAGCCGUCGUCCCUGGAUCCCUGCGACAUUAACGGCUCCAAUUUUGAUCCGGAGCUCUACCUCAACAAGCUUAGAAGGGAGCGCUCUCUUGCUGAGCUGAUGGACCAGGAGACCUGCAUGGUGAAGCAGAUCCGCUCUUUGGACAGCGACAUGCAGACCCUCGUUUAUGAGAACUAUAACAAGUUUAUAUCAGCUACAGACACUAUAAGAAAGAUGAAGAAUGAUUUCAAAAAGAUGGAAGAUGAAAUGGAUUGUCUUUCAGCGAAUAUGGAAGCAAUCACUGACUUUAGUGCACGUAUCAGUGGAACUCUUCAAGACCAGCAUGCACAGAUAACAAAACUCUCAGGUGUCCACACUCUGUUGAGGAAGCUUCAGUUUCUGUUUGAACUUCCUGCUAGAUUGAAUAAGUGUUUGGAGCUGCAGGCCUAUGCUCAGGCAGUGAGCUCCCACCGCCGUGCUCGCUGUGUGCUGCAGCAGUACAGCCACCUGCCCUCCUUCAAAGGAAUUCAGGAUGACUGUCAUGCCAUCAUGGACAAACUAGCUCAGGAGCUUCGACAGAAGUUCAGGGAUGGUGGGACAAGCGCUAAAGAUUUGUCAGAGUGUGUUGAGCUGCUUCUACAGUUAGAUGAGCCAGCAGAGGAGCUCUGUGAUAAGUUCUUGAGCCACGCACGGUCUCGACUGGAGUCAGACCUUCAAGGCCUGGAAGCAGAAAUAAGACCAUACCCAACUGCCUCAGAUGUGAAGGAUGCUUCUGCACACAGGUUGUCAUCUACUACAGCAGCAGGAUCUCCAGCUGAUAAGUCUCCUAAAACAAGCUCUCUGCCAUCUCCCACCUUAAACACUGACAUCCUGGAAUUCAUAGAUAGAGGCUGCAAUGAAUUUGUUAGCAGCUUGUGUUUAGUUAUCACAUCAUAUCAAGAACUGUUCAUUAACUAUGCUCAGACAGGUGAACUAGCAUCAAAGAAUAUUCCUCAAAUGGCAAAUGGCAAGUUGCACGCUUUUGUGAAUGACCUGGCGGAUCGGUAUUUCUCCCUCGUAGAGAGGAGGAUACAGGAAGAGAAAGGGGUGGGAGACAACUCCCUCCUGGUUCGGGCGCUUGAUCGCUUCCACCGCAGACUUCAGGCUGUGGCCAAACUGCUGCCUGGCUCAGCUGUCCCAAAUCAGGGGACAGAAAUUGUGAUACGAGCAGCGACAGAGCGAGUGAAGCAGUACCUUUCUGCUCUGCAGAACUUCUACAUGGACAGCCUGACAGAUGUGAGGCAGGCCUUGGCAACACCUCGCCUCUCUGUGGCUGGAGCCUCAGUGGCUGGAGGCGGAGUUCAUCUAGGGGGGCCAUCCUCAGGCAGAGAUGCUUCAACCAGCCUGCCAGAACUGCUCUCUUCUCUGUCAGCCUCUAUUCUCAACCAGAUUAAAUCAGUGCUGGCAUCAGUGCAUCUCUUUACAGCUAAGGACAUUACCUUCUCCAACAAGCCUUACUUCAAGGGGGAAUUUUGCAGCCAGGGUGUACGUGAGAGCCUUGUGGUGAGCUUCAUUAAGUUUGUGUGCCAGUCUUCUCGGCAGUUUUGCGAGAGUGCAGGGGACAAAGGAGGUUCAACACCCCCAGCCCUUCUGUUGCUGCUAUCUCGUCUCUGCUUGGACUAUGAAACCUCUACUAUCUCUUACAUACUCACACUCACAGAUGAACAGUUCCUCGUGCAGCACCACAGUCCAGUAACACCAGUCACAAGUUUAUGUGCAGAAGCCAGAGAGGCAGCACAGAAACUACUCAACCAUUAUGUCAAGGUUCAGGGUCUGAUAAUCUCACAAAUGUUAAGAAAGAGCGUUGAAACAAGAGACUGGGUCAACACCAUUGAGCCACGAAAUGUCCGUGCUGUGAUGAAGAGAGUUGUAGAGGACACAACCUCAAUUGAUGUCCAGGUGGGUCUUCUGUAUGAAGAAGGGGUGAGGAAGGCACACAGCAGCGACUCCAGCAAAAGGACUUUUUCUGUCUACAGCAGUUCCAGGCAGCAAGUCCGUUAUGCUGCCAGCUACACGCCAAGUGCUCCAAUGGAUACCAAUCUGCUGAGCAACAUACACAAGCUGUUUUCUGAAAGGAUUGACAUUUUUAGCUCAGUGGAGUUCAACAAGGUCUCUGUCAUGACGGGGAUUAUCAAAAUCAGUUUAAAGACAUUCCUGGAGUGUGUCCGCUUGCGUACUUUUGGCCGUUAUGGGUUGCAGCAGAUCCAAGUUGACUGCCACUACCUGCAGAUGUACUUGUGGCGCUUCGUUUCCGACGAGAACCUUGUGCACUUCCUGCUGGAUGAGAUAGUGGGGAGCUGUGCCCACCGCUGCCUGGACCCCGCUCCGAUGGAGCAGAGUGUGAUUGAAGUCAUCUGUGAAAGAGGUUAAGGUUUAGAGCACAGCUCGGCCAGAUGGUUUAAAAUGAUGAAAUUGCAUUUGUACACUGGAAUCAUUCGCUUAUAGAAAUCUCUGAAACUAUGCUUCUGAAGUGUUGUCCACAUAUCUGUUUGAAUAUUUGUGAAAAAAAAAUCAGCUGAUGGUUAGUAAAUAAUUAAGAAAAAAGCUGAAAGUACUGACUACAUUUGGGGCAGACUCACAUUUAAAUUCCAUUUACAAGCCAUUCAAGCUGGGUUCAAUGUUAGAGCUUCCAUUUAUAAAGCAUGAAAAUACGAGACAAAGAAAUGAUCUAAUCUCUUCGAUCCGAAAAGAAAA